UUUGAAAACAGAAAUAGAGAAGUAUUUGAAAAUUGAAAUCCAUUUUAAACGAUUUAAAAAAAUGGAAGUUGAGCCAGUGAGUUUUGUAAGAGACAGUACUCGUAAUCUAUUAAAAAUAAACCGUCGGAAGCACAGGGAUGAAGAAAGUGAUCUGAGACGUUCUCUUAAGGAAAUAAGCAUUACAUCAGAAGACAUAGCCAGUAUAGCUAAUAAAUUAAAAACAAAGCCUGCCAUCACUGCUGUGGAUCUGCGAACAUUGAAAAAUGGUCUCAUUAACGAUGUUAAACACUGUGCAGUGUUUCUGAACGUAAAUGGAGCUUUGAGGGGCCUUGUUAGAGAAUUAACAGGUCUUCAGGUGGAUAGGCAAUGCGCAGCUGCUGGGUGCUGCUGUAACUUGGCAUUGGGGGAUGCGAGGGUGUGUACCGCGGUGGCUAAGGCCGCUGGGUCCUACUUGGUGGCAGCUUUGGAUAACUUGACUGUUGAAUUGGCUGUGACAUGUACAUGGGCACUGGGCAACUUGGCAGGUUCUGGUAACAGAGUGUGCAGCAUCCUCGCAGCUCAAGGCGCUGUGUCCAAGCUGAGCGACUACCACGCCAACCAAGAUCUCCAGGUUGCAGCAAUAUAUGCGUUGCUACUGUUUGCGUACGAGAUGAAAGAUGAACUGAAGCCAGAACAUCUACAAAAAAUACUUCAAACUCUAUCAAAACUGGAACUCACAUCAGAUUCAUUACAUCUGCUCUUCAUACUAUCAUGUCACGAACAUUUCGCGGAAAGCAUGAAAGAAGAAUUACUAGAAAAACUCCUAAAACACCUACCUAGUGCCAUAGAGAUCCAUAACAGACAGACAAAAAUACAUUACAAUUUAAUCUAUAUACUUAGAGUUUUGGCCAACUCAAACACAAUGUAUGGGUUAAUAUUAAAUAAGUUUGUUACUUAUAAUAUUUUUGAUUGUUUCAAAUGUGUUUUAAGUAGGAAUAAUACAGUUGUAAAUGACUCAUUAUUUUGGUUGUUUGGGAACCUUUAUAUGGGCAGUGGUGAUGAUAAUUUGUUUUUAAAGUUGUUAACCUAA